GCGCAUUCGAGGACACGUCACAUAAAGAAAGAGGUAUAUACCGCGUUGAGUCGAGCGCGCGCGUUCAGUUCGCCCCCAGUUUUCGUCGAGUGAAUUUCGCCAAAACUGAAUGGAUCCCCGUGUGAUAAUGCCCCAUCGUAACAUCGAAAAAACGCGCAAAACCCGCAUGAAAUUCGAAAAGGCCCGCCAGACCAUUACCAACCCGAAGCGCAUGCGUCCCCAAAUCCCCUACACGAGGAGUCAGUAGCGCGCUGGAUUUUGCCGAAAACGAAAUGGAGAAAAUGAUUGCGGGUUUUUUGAGUAGUCCGAGCGUCCUUGUCGCGAUUUUCCUCGGCGGGAGUGUUUUAUUGCUGUUUUACAUUUUAAAAUUGUUCAAAAUCGAGCACGAGGAGCAGCAUCAAAAUGAGCCAGCGUCGGGCCCCAAGAGAGAUCCCGUCGCCAAAUCCAAGAAAAAACCCACGUGGAAUCGCGCUGAUAAGCCGCAAAAUUUCACCAAUCCGUGGCUGCUCAAAACGCUCAAAAGCCACACCGGACAAGUCCUCAACAUUGAUUAUUCGGCCUCCGGGAAAUAUCUAGCGUCUUGUGCCGAAGAAGACCCCCCCGAGAUGAACCCCGAUUCGAACAAGGAGAAUCUCCCCGAGGAGGAGUCCAGCCCGCGCAGCAAGGGCUUAUCGCGUCGUCAGCGAAAAAACCGGCGUCCAAAUUCCCCCGACGCUAAGAAAAAAUUCAAAACGGAACCUCUGAGGCAGUGCCUCAAGUUCAACAUCUCGGAGCGCACAUUCGCCGACUUGUUACACCCUCACUUGCUCACCUACGAGCAGCUAUUCGCGAUGGGCUACCCUGUACAUUCGCCAUCGCACAACAAUUCGGUCGUUUUCUUCAACUAUAGCCACUUCAAACCGCCGAUUUUCGACGUGAACGCGCGGGAAUUCGUCCCGAAUCAGGGCGGCUAUGACAGCCACAGCUCGAGCGAUUCGAGCGAAUCUGAAAGUUCGGGCUCGGAACCCGACUACGAUCCUGCGAAGGACCAAGGCAUCGAACGUGUGUGUGUGCGGUGCGGACGCGGGUUUUUCACCACCAAUAAGGAGUACCUCACCCAGGAGCGGUGUAACUACCACUGGGGAAAGCUACACACAGUUAACGCACUCGCCACCUACUCGUGUUGCAAAGGCAAGCCGGGCUCAGUGGGCUGUGCGACGUGCAAACUCCACGUGUGGAGCGGUGUUGUCAGUGGGGUUAACGGCCCGUGCGAGGGCUUCGUCAAAACGCGGCAAAAAAAAUCAAUCCCGAGUGAUGGCAACUAUGGGGUUUACGCCCUCGAUUGUGAGAUGUGCUACACUGUGGCGGGCCUGGAGGUGACCAAGGUCACGGUGGUGGCCAUGGACGGGCGCUUGGUGUACGACGCUUACGUCAAGCCGAAAAACGAGAUUGUCGAUUACAAUACCCGAUUUUCGGGGAUUACCGCAAAAGACUUGAAGCCGAGUGCGACCAAGACGCUCAAGGAGGUGCAGAACGACCUGCGGGGGUUCAUCAGUGCGGACACCAUCCUCAUAGGGCACGGGCUGGAGAACGACCUCAGGGGGCUCAAAAUUGUGCAUAAGACUGUGGUGGACACGGCGUGGUCCUUCCCCCAUUACAACGGGCUGCCGUACAAGCGCUCGCUGAGGUCGCUCGUCUCCACGUUUCUGAAGCGCGAGGUGCAAAGUGGCCCCCAUAACAGUUACGAGGACGCUUGCGCCUGCAUGGAACUGAUGCUGUAUAAAGUUAGGAAAGAAAAUAAAGGUUACAAAAUCAUGUGACAUGUUAUCAUGCUUUAUUUAUUAAACGCGUCAUUUGUCAUUACUAUGUGAUAUCGUGUUCCUAGUGAAUCUCAUUACGUGAUAUUUACGCAGGAAUCAAUGCAAGUUUUUAUGUUUUUUGAUUACUUUAAGGACGUAAUUAGUGUACAAAGUGGUCAAGACUAAAGUUCCUAGCAACUUUUUUACAUUUUGUACGGACUGUAGAUUCAGCCAGUUUGCCACUCGUUUAUGUGAAAUAGUAUUACCCUAGACUUAAGUCACUUGUGUUCAUUUGUUUGUUAUUUGUUUAAAUUAGGCAAAAAGGCUGUGCUGAAACGUGAUACAGUUGUAUCUAUUUUUAAUAAACCGUUUUUUAAUUAA